AGGGAUGUUUUUCAUGCUCACUGUCCAAGCUGCUAACGCACUUCUUCAAAAACCACGAUAUGGAUGCAAAAUUGCAGACCACCGUGCCGUCCUGUUGGGCUACAUAUUCAUUACGUUCGCUCUGGGAACCAUCGGCUUUGCAGGAAACGUCAAGUACACCGAGAUGGUAUGGAUUGAUCUACGUGAUUCUCCUGGGGGCCCUGCUGCACUGAUAGAAAAUGAAUUGGAUUACUGGAUAAAUCUAAUGGCGCUAGCUUGCUAUUACAUCAUGGAAUGGUUUAUGGAAGCCUUGUUGCUGCACCGUUGCUUCAUUAUUUGGAACUGGGAGAAAUACAUCAUUAUUCCAAUGACCACCCUCUUUCUAGCCAUGGUCGCUAUGUCCAUUCUUGUCCUCGCAGAGUCAAGUGGGGCUGUAUUUUACAACAUCAACACCCAAAUUGCGUAUCUUUGCAUAGAGGUCGGCAUAACUGUCAUAUACACCAUUCUUGUCACGUCGCGUCUGCUCUCCAUGCGCAGGCAGAUGAAAGAUAUUCUCGGUCAGGAACAUGUACGAACAUACGAGGCAGUUGUUGCAAUGGUCAUAGAGUCUGCUGCCUUUUACUCUAUAGUCGGGAUCAUUUUCAUCAUCACGUUCGCCAUCCAUUCGAACAUUUCAAACCUCGUAUUUCUUGCCAUCAGCCACAUCCAGGGCAUUGCACAAUUGCUCAUCAUUAUUCGUGUGGCUCAAGGCCGUGCUUACUCUAGCGGUACAGUCCAUACGGGUAACGGCACCUCGUUAGAAUUCAACGGUGUCCGACGUUGUUCGCAGCACAGACU